AUGAUGGUCAUCCUGCUACUCCUGGGAGUGGUCGUGCGCAGGUUGCAGAGCGCACACUUGCAGCACUGCUCCUCACCCACGACCAAUGUGGUCAUACCCUACUCCCCUGCACCUGUGCGCUAUGUCAACAGAUGGCUCAUGGAUGAUCCAGAAUCUUCAAGAUUCUCCGGUGAGCCACGACCGGAGCUUGAUCAAGCCUGGCACGAGAUGCUCGACGGGACUUUGAUCCGCUUGUCAGAGGAGGAGCUUCUUCAGGCCAACAAUGCGACAUCCGUCAGAUCAAAGGACGGUGGAUAUAUCGGCGCAAUUGGAGUUUCGCAUUCGUUGCACUGUCUUAAAAGAAUCAAGCAGUACAUGUACCCCGACUAUUAUUACAGCGGCAACGCCACCGACUGGGAGGAAGUUCAUGAGCACAUGGACCAUUGCCUUGAGUCACUUCGUCAAGAAUUGUUAUGCUCGGCCGACCUGAACCUCUGGACCUUUCAAUGGACAUCGCACAGUCGCGUCAAACCGGCGAACCACGUUCCUCAACAACACGUGUGUGUAGACUGGAAUGCGCUACAUAGUUGGAUGCAGGAGAGAGCAAUCAGCUGGGAUGACAUGGUCGAUCCUCCUGAUGGCUUGUGA